CAAGGCUUAUAAUUAUAUAUUAACAGUGAAACACGAUAAAAAAUCCCAAAGGAGAGUUCAGAAUUUAAAAUGGCGUGUUCGUAGAGUGAUCAGACGGAUUAGGCACACUUUUGUAUCUUGCCGACCAAUCAUAUUGACAAGUAGGUGGAUCGUCUGAAUUGUGAACCGAAAUAAUGGCGGAUACGACAGUGGAUGCUACACGACGCCUUAAUGUCAAAAAACAAACCCUGGAUGACGCCUACGCAGCGCCUGCCAAUUUCCUUGAGAUCGACGUGAUCAACCCAAUCACUCACGGGGUUGGCAAGAAACGUUAUACCGAUUAUGAAGUCCGCAUGAGGACUAACUUACCUGUGUUCAAAGUUAAGGAAUCUAGUGUGCGAAGACGAUAUAGUGAUUUUGAAUGGUUGAGAAAUGAAUUGGAACGAGAUAGCAAGAUUGUUGUACCACCUCUACCAGGGAAAGCAUGGAAACGACAAAUGCCUUUCAGAGGAGAUGAUGGUAUAUUCGAAGAAGAUUUUAUAGAGGAUCGCAGGAAGGGUUUGGAACUUUUUGUGAACAAAAUUGCUGGACAUCCUUUAGCUCAAAAUGAACGAUGCCUGCAUAUGUUUUUGCAAGAGCCUGUAAUAGACAAGAACUACGUGCCAGGAAAAAUACGAAACACGUAAAAGUAAGGCUGUUGCGCCUUCUGAGUCUGUCCUUCAUUCCCGUUAAAAGAAAAUUGAAAAAUUCUGCCGAUCUCAUCACAAAUCGUGUUUUAAAAGAAAUCUUUAAUUAUGAAUUUUACAUUUAAAUGGGUUGCGAGUGAGGGCUUAUUCGAGAAAGAGAAAAAUCAGGUACUCGUUACGGUUGCUUCGAAUGAUUCGCCUUGAGAUAAAUGUAAAUCAGGAGAAGGGGCUGGCUAUCUGGUUAAUACGAUUGUGAUAACAAGAUCGUUUCCGUUGUAUCGUGAUAGAACAAGAAAAAACAUUUCCUCUGUUAGUACUUUACGGUCCCAUUUUAUAUAAUAGAAUAAACGAAACAGGAAAAUAUUUUGAAUUUCGUCGUGUACGAAUUGAAAAUGUUCAUUUGGCCAUGUUUUCAUGUCUGUUUCAAUGCUCUCUUUUACAAUAUCUUUCACUUUGUCUCACUCACGUUUUCUUAUAUCUCAUUAGAAGGGAAAAUUUUCAAAUUGACGGGGUUUUUUUUCAUAAGAAUGUAUUGAUUCGUAUACAAAUUUCGAAUCUAAGUGAAUUCCUCUUACGGAGCACUGCUAUAUAUAUUUAUAUAUAACUAGUAAAUUGUCAAAUUUCGUUGGCGAAACGAAAGUAUAGGGAAAAAAAAAAAAAAAUACAAUCUCAGGUCUCGCCGAGCGAAACCAAUCCCGCAUAAGUCGAGGCGGUUUAUAUCGUUGAAAGGAAUAAAUCGUGACAGAGUAUGACGGAUACGUCUUGACGUAGGAUUUGUAUAAAA